AUUGCUUUUAUUUAACCUGACGAUGCAAGUUUAUUUUCUUCCGAUUAUCAAUCACCUAUCCUAAAUUAAUUAGGACUUUUGAAAUUCAACAUUAAAUUACUGUUUUAAAGCUAUCUAAAUUGACAAAGUUCAACUUCUUGUUGUGCAAUUCAAAAUGACAGAAAUGAGAGAUUACAUUGUCAUUAAACUCAAAGAAAUGGGAUUCGAUGAGGAAAAGAUUGAAAGAGCGUGCAACUCAACAACAUGUGAAUCGCUCGAUCAGGUGAUGGAGUGGAUCAUUGUCGAAAGUGAAAAGAGCUUAAAUUCUGUUAAUGAGAGUAAACCAACUGUUCCAACUCUGAAGCUUGGUGACAUCUCUGAAGCUACUAAAUGUGAAGCGGAUAAACUUUCAAAUGCUGAUUCAGGAGAAUCAUCAGUCAAAAAGGAAGUCAUUAAAACUCCAGAGGAGAUCGAAGCUGAAAAGCGGCGCUAUGAAGAAAAGAUCAAACAACGAAGAAUUGCUCGGGAACAAGAGGAGCGUCAACAAGAGAUAGAAAAAGAAAAAAGCCGGAGACAAACUGGUUCAGAAAUUUCCAAGUAUCGUGAGCAAUACGAAACUCAAGAAAAAAUAAGAAUUGCUCAAGAAAUUCGCAGAGAAAAACUUGAGAAAGAGGCUCAUAAGAAAGCAGUUCUCGAGCAAAUUAGAAAAGAUAGAGAGGCAAUGAAGAGAGAAAAUCAAUCCUCGCAGCCAUCAACGCCAUCAACAAGUGGGUCUACUCCUAACAAGGUGGUAAACACCGGUAGCUCUAGUACUGAAUGUCGCCUUGCCAUCAGACUUCCUGAUGGAAAAACUCUCCUCCACACUUUUACCCCUAAUGAGCAACUUGCCGCUGUCAGAUUGUAUAUCCAAUUGAACCGUAAGGAUCUAGUCGGACCUGCCAACACUUCGCAGCCCAUAAAAUUGAUCAUGCCACCCAACAAGGUAUUUACUGAAGACGAUAUGGAAAGGACACUACUUGAUCUGGGUCUUCAUCCGUCGGCAAGACUAAUAGUUGCCGAUUUAAAAAAACCCUUGUAGAAACAUGGAGUUAUGUUAUGCUCAUUUUCUAUAAAAUUAACUUUUUUACUUUCAAUUUAGAUUGAUUAAAAUCUAUAAUAAAAUUACUUCGUGUUUA